AUGUUCAACGCGACUCCGAGCGCCGCCGACCUCUCCGUGAACUCCACCGCCCCGAGCGGCCCCGGGACGCCGCCGUGGUACCAGUUCCCCGUGUGCGCCGCGUCCCCCUGGGCCUUCAUCUUCUACUUCGGGGUCAAGGUGCUGAACCUGGCGGUGGGCACGCCGUGCAACGCGCUGGUCAUCUGGCAGAUCGCCAGCAGGAAGAGCGACGCGUGCACCUCGGACGUCUUCGUCUUCAACCUGGCCGUGCUGGACGCCUUCUUCUGCCUGAUGUCGCCCGUGGACAUGCUGAACCGGCUGCUGCUGGACGACCGCCGCGUCUGGUUCCUCCAGAGGUUCGCGUACGGGCUCAAGGACCUGGCGCCGCUCUUUCUGGUGUGCAUCUGCCUGGACCGCUACGUGGCCGUGGUCCACCCGAUGCUGUUCACCGGCAUCCGAGACAACAAGAUCCGCAUCGGCGCUUCCGCGGCGGUCUGGGGCCUCGUCCUGGCGUACGGCCUCGCCAAGUGCAUCCUGGGAGUCGUGAGCGUCAGCGAGGUCUUCGGCGGCGUCAUCCUGUUCGCCUUCGCCGUCAUGGUGUUCUGCAACGUCUCCGUGGUCUGGGUCCUCAGGCGCUCCGUGGCGGGGAAGGAGGCGCUGCACCCCGUGAAGAAGAGGGCCCUCCGCACGGUGCUGGUCGUCCUCGCCAUCGUGGUGUCCAACUACCUGCCGCCCGUGGCCCUCAUGCCCUUCGCGUCGUACUACACGUUCGUGGCGUUCCGCUGCCAGAUCAGCGUCGCCGUGUUCGCCAUCAUGGAUCUGAGCUGCAGCGUGGAGCCGCUCCUCUUCAUCACCAAGACGGACCGCGCGGGCGGCGGGUGCUGCGGACGCCGUUUGUCCGAGAAGAAGCACGACGUCGCGGUGUGACCACGCCUCCGACCCUCGAGGGAACCUUCUUCCUCUUCUCAUUCCCACCGUGGAUGAUCCCGAUGUGUCCCUCAAAUGUAAAGAUUAUGCCACGAAUGUAUAAUUUCUAUUGUUUAAGUCUUUUCCAAUUAAAAAGUA